AUGUUGAAUUAUCAAAUACCUAGUAGCAGAGAAAGUCUUCAUAAUCAUGAUCAAGAAGAAGAACAAAUCAGAGACAUCCAUGCUCUAACCCCACCAAGGCCUCCAUCAACAAAUCGUGGCCGUCGAAGAGAAACUUGGGAAAUUAAUAGCCAUAGAUCAUCCACAAAUUUAUCCAUAGCCAGUACAGAAGUAGCAUCAAGUGAGAAUUUCUCAACCAUGAGCAGAGAAUUCAAUACUUUAGUUCUUGCUGGAUCUUCAAUAAGCAACAACCAUGGUAGCGAAAACGACAACAACAACAACAACAACAACAAUAAUAAUAGCAAUAUUUUGGGAAGAAUUGAUGAAGAUGAUUAUGAAACAAUUGAGGAAACAAAUCCUUUAGCUAUUGUUCCAAAUCGAAGCCAUCAGGCUGCUUCUCUCUCUAGAUCGCCCAAAUCGCCUAUUUGUAUUCAGUUGUAUUCGAAU